AGUCGUUUGAUUUUAACUCGAAGUUUAGAAUUUAAGAAAAAAAAGGUUUUCUUCUACUUUGAGCAGGUGUUGCUUAGAUAACCGUUGUGUCUUUCACGUUCAAUAGAAAGCCAGUUCCCUUCCUCAAGUUCAACUCUCUUUUUCUCUUUCUGACUUUAAUGGCAGCUCCCGACUCUUCAACAAUACAGACCCCUCUUAUUCAAACACAGACGCCUCCCCUACGACAAGAAGAUGUGGAAGUAGACGACACCCAGCUCUCCAAAUCUCUGGAUCGUUUAGAGACCUUUCUCAGAUUCUUUGGAUUUUGCCAGUACUCUUUUUUAAGCUUCAGUCUUUCGUGGAUUUGUUUUCUUCUUCUGGGUGUUGCUCUUCCAAUACUUAUAAUCCAAUUAACUUACUGUUCGAACUGUGAAAAGUAUGAGAUUGAAAGUUUUGAGCUUGAGAUUCUCAUCUCUCAGUCUCUUGUUGCUGUCAUUUCUCUUAUCUGUGUUUCUCACAAUCUCCGCAAGUAUGGUGUCCGUAAGUUUCUCUUCGUGGAUCGCCAACAUGGUCACCUCAUUCAGUUUCGUCGAGAGUAUUUGCAGAAGAUCCAUGGUUUCUUCAAAUUGUUGGGAGUUUGGAUUAUACCUUGCUUCCUUUUGAAGGCUGCCCGUCAGGUUGUACAUAUUGUCUAUGUGCAUCACUCAUGGUGGCAAUCUGUUGGUAUAAUAGUUGUCUUGCUUGUAUCAUGGACGUACUCAACCAUCAUCUAUCUAUCGGGCAGUCUCCUGUUCCAUUUGGUGUGCAAUUUGCAAGUGAUUCACUUUGAAAAUUAUGGCAGACUUUUAGAAAGAGAUCUUGAUGUUUCACUGUAUAUCGAGGAACAUGUAAGGUUAAAGCAUCAUUUAUCUAAGAUAAGCCAUAGGUUUCGGAUUUUUCUGCUUCUUGAGUUUUUGAUUGUGACAGCAACUCAAGUUAUGGCUCUACUGGAAACGACAGGGAAUUAUGGGAUCAUCAAUUUCAUUAAUGGUGGUGAUUUUGCAGUCGCCUCUAUUGUUGAGCUAGUUGGGAUAGUAAUUUGCCUUAAUGCAGCUGCUAAAAUCACACAUAGAGCUCAGGGUCUUGGAUCAGUUGCUAGCAGAUGGCACGCUUCUGUAACAUGCAGCUCUAACAGUGUCACUCAGAUGGGAAUCAAUAGUAAUGGUGGAAGCGUGGAGGCUGCAAAUUCUUCAACCUCAAUACCUACAAGCUACUCUGAAAGUGAUUUGGAGUCAGUUGAGUAUGUGCCAAUGGCCACAAAUACUCAAUUGGCAUCUUAUAUGACCAUGUAUCACAAGAGACAGGCCUUUGUUACAUAUUUGCAAUCGAAUCCAGGUGGAGUCACUAUCUUUGGGUGGACUAUCGAUCGAGUUCUUAUCAAUACAAUCUUCUUUGUUGAAAUGUCAUUGGUUCUAUUUGUGCUUGGCAAGACCAUCACUUGGACUACAAAAUGAUCCAUUCAUGUUUUGUUUCUAUCCAGCCAGUAUUUUUUUGGUUACGGCUAUGGGUGAUAAUGACUUCUUGGUACCUCUCAAUGACUAAUACAAACCAUCUGUACUAAUUAAUAUAAAGCAAUGACAAGAUGUGAGUGCAUUUGAAUUGGAAUAA